UUGAAAAAAUACAUUGCAACUACUUUCUUUCAGGGUUCUUCAUUCCGGUGCAAGUGUCGAGACGACCACGUCGGUCCCACUUGUAAUAUUUGGCGUUCACCGCUGAUAAAUUGUGAUGUAGAUGGUCCACUCACGUGUUUCAAUGGUGGUGUUUGUAAUACAACUGAGAACAAAUUCAGGUGCGAGUGCCCGCCUAACUUUACAGGAUUAUUCUGUGAAACGGACGUUGACGAGUGCUUAACAUCUCCAUGUUUAAAUGGCGCCACAUGUGUGAACCAGAUUGGAACUUUUUAUUGUAUGUGCCCUCGUGGCUACAAGGGCACGACCUGUGAGGAACGUAUCGAGGUGUGCUCCUCGAGGACUUGUCUCAACGGUGGCUCCUGUAUAGACGGUGUCAACGGUUACGUAUGUAAAUGUGCUCCGGGUUUUGUUGGGCAGCGGUGUCAGGAAGUGGAGUUCGGUCGUAUUGUGACGGUCAACACCACAAACAAUGGUAUUCUUUCGAUAUGCGGCAAUUGCCGUACCAAAGCGGGUAAUGGUCAAUGUGAUAAGGAAUGUGAUCGAUCAGAAUGCGGAUAUGAUGGUGGCGACUGUACAGUUCAGGAUACGAACCCAUUCAAAGCUUGUACAUAUCCAGAUUUCUGUUCUCGAGUGUUCCGUGAUGGAGUAUGCGAUGAGAUUUGCAACAACGAAAGAUGUCUAUUCGAUGGAUUUGACUGUCUUCCUAAAGCGCCCAAGUGUUCGAAAGAUUGCGAAGCAAAAAAGCACAAUGGUAUUUGUGAUGAUGAGUGCAAUCGCGAAGAAUGUGAUUUUGAUGGCGGAGAUUGUGAAGUGAAUACGAAGAUCCUAUCUGGCGAACUGUCAGUAGUGGUCCUGGCACAACCUCACGUCUUUAUCGAGAAUGUAGAUCACUUCUUGCAAUCGCUGAGCAUAUCACUGAGGUCCAAUAUACGUAUCAAACAUGAUGAUCUUGGCCCCAUGGUCUUCGCGUGGAAAGAAGGCAAAGUCGGUGAACGACUUACUUUUGGAAAGCAG